CAUGAAUAUCGUCCCACUCUUUCUCUCUAUAUAUAUACUAUAGUCCAAGACCCCAUUUAAGAUAUUAGUGCAAAUAUUAUUUCAUCCCGCCCGUGCUUGGGAGACUGUGGGUGUGUAGUGAUUCGUGACUACCAUCCCUUUGUCUCUCUCUCUAUAUAUUACAUAUAUAGUUGUCAGCCCUCCCAACAAGCACAAGGGCUUCAAUAUGGGAAGUGUCCGACCAAGUUCCGCCGACUUUCCUGGCGGAGCGCCGCCCCAUGUGGUUGCCGGAGAAAAAGAACUAGACGCCGGCGCACAGUUUGUUCUUAAAUCCAGAGGAUCAUGGAUACACUGCGGAUACCACUUGACUACGUCGAUUGUGGCCCCGGCCUUGUUGAGCCUUCCGUUUGCAUUAGCAUCGCUUGGAUGGACGGCUGGGAUUGCAAGCUUGGUGAUAGGUGCAAUUGUCACAUUCUAUUCUUACAACUUAUUAUCACUUGUGUUAGAGCACAAUGCUCAUUUGGGACGUCGCCAUCUUAGGUUCCGCGACAUGGCUAACGAUAUCUUAGGUCAAAGAUGGGGGCGGUAUUAUGUCGGCCCAAUACAAUUCUUGGUUUGCUACGGUGCCGUUGUGGGCUCCACUCUUUUGGGUGGACAGUGCAUGAAGGCAAUUUAUUUGUUGUCGAGACCACAGGGAAGUAUGAAGUUGUACCAAUUUGUAAUUAUAUUUGGAGGGCUUAUGCUGAUUUUAGCUCAAAUCCCCUCUUUUCACUCGUUGAGGCACAUCAAUUUGGUCUCUUUGGUGCUUGCUCUUGUUUACAGUGCAUGUGCCACUGCUGGUUCCAUCUACAUUGGUAACGACGACGACGACAACAACAACAACAACAACAAUAACAACAACAACAACAACAACAACAAUAAUAAUAAUAAUAAUAAUAAUAAUAAUAUUAAUAAUAAUAAUAAAAAUAAUAAUAAUAAUAAUAAUACUGGUCAAUAUUAUGCAGGAAGUUCAUCCAAGGGGCCAAGAAAAGAUUAUUCACUACACAGCAACAGUGAAACUCGGGUAUUUGGCAUGUUUAAUGCGUUGGCUAUUGUCGCCACCACUUUUGGCAACGGGAUUAUUCCAGAAAUACAGGCAACAUUGGCGCCACCUGUGAAGGGCAAGAUGUUUAAAGGGCUGUGCAUUUGCUACGCAGUGGUCACAGCCACUUUCUUCAGUGUAGCCAUUUCUGGGUAUUGGGCAUUUGGAAACAAAACUAAUAGCCUAAUCCUCACAAAUUUCUUGACUGACGGCAAAGCCUUAGUCCCCAAAUGGUUCAUUUUAAUGACCAAUGUCUUCACUAUUCUGCAGCUAUCGGCCGUUGCAGUGGUUUACCUGCAACCGACGAACGAGGUUUUAGAGCGGGCUUUUGCGGACCCCACGAGAGGUGAGUUCUCAAUGCGUAAUGUGGUCCCAAGAGUAAUCUCAAGAUCCAUAUCAAUUGUCAUCUCGACUACAAUUGCUGCAAUGCUCCCGUUUUUCGGGGACAUAAAUGCGGUGAUUGGGGCAUUUGGUUUCAUGCCGCUCGAUUUCGUGUUGCCAGCUGUUUUCUUCAACAUCACGUUCAAGCCGUCAAAGAGGGGUUUCAUUUUCUGGCUUAACACAGCCAUAGCCUCGGUUUUUUCGGUGCUCGGGGUUAUAGCAGCAGUUGCGGCCGUUAGGCAAAUUAGUCUCGACGCAGAAACAUACAGAUUGUUUGCCAAUGUAUGAUAGUUGGUUUACAUGUCUUUGUUUUGGUUUUAAGAUCACUUCAAGUUGCCAGUUGAUUGGAUUUUCUAGUCCAAGUCUGUUUUUAAGUUGAAUUUGAACACAAAAAAAAUUGAAAAGCAUAAUACUAACAUCUAACUGAAUAACACAUACA